UGUGAGAAAUUUUUCCCUCAGAUUUAGUGCAGAUAUUCAGCUCUGGCACCAACGACACGUGCAGGCUGAAGUACUACUGGCACGGGUGGCAUGGGGGCAGUCGGCCGAACUGUCAAGCCCCUGUUUGAAGAGUAUGUGGAGCUGUCGAAUGAAGCGGCCAGGCUGAACAAUUUCUCAGAUACCGCAGCAAUGUGGAACGAUGACUUCGAGAUGAACGAUUUUGAGGAGCAGAUCUACAAGUUGUACCAGCAAAUCCUAUUACUCUACAAGCAGCUACACGCAUAUGUUCGGCACAAACUGAGUCUCAACUACAACACAAACGAUAAAGAAGUCAUAGAGAAAUCCGGACCUCUUCCUGCCCAUCUGUUAGGUAACAUGUGGGCUCAAGAGUGGGCAAGUGUGUACAACAUGACUGUUCCUUACCCAGGCAAAGUCUCUCUAGAUGUCACACCUGCCUUAAUUGCACAGAACUACACACCUAUGAAGAUGUUUAAGCUGUCAGAAGAGUUCUACACUUCCCUGAACUUGAGUGCCAUGACGGAUAUAUUCUGGGAGAAGUCCAUCAUUGAGAAACCGAAGGACAGAGAUAUCGUUUGUCACGCAUCUGCCUGGGACUUUUACAGUGAUGACGAUUUCCGGAUCAAGAUGUGUACACGAAUUAGUCUAGAAGAUUUGAAGACAGUUCAUCAUGAAAUGGGCCAUAUUCAAUACUUCCAACAAUACAAGAACCAGCCAUAUGUGUUUCGUAACGGAGCUAACUCAGGUUUUCAUGAAGCUGUAGGAGACACUUUGGCUCUGUCUGUGUCCACGGCGGAACAUCUGAUGAAGAUAGGGCUGGUGGACCCUGAGGCUUAUGUCGAGGAUAGACAGACUGACAUCAACUCCCUUUACCUGAUGGCUCUGGAGAAGGUUUCAUUCCUUCCGUUUGCCUAUGUCCUGGAUCUCUGGCGUUGGGAGAUCUUCCGAGGAAACGUCACACCUUCUGACUACAAUUGUCGCUAUUGGAAGCUGAGGCAAGACCUCCAAGGCAUUGCUCCACCAGUUGACAGAGUUGAGAAGGAUUUUGACGCUGGUGCCAAAUAUCACGUGAUAGCAGAUGUUCCCUACAUCAGAUACUUCGUUAGUUUCAUAAUCCAGUUCCAGUUUCACAAGGCCAUGUGCAUCAAGGCUGGACAGUACGACCCCGAGAACCCCGGUGCCAAACCCCUGCACCAUUGUGAUGUCUACCAGAGCACGGAGGCUGGCAACGUUAUGGGAGAGAUGCUUCGAAUGGGUUCAUCAAAGCAGUGGCAAGAUACAAUAGAAGUAAUGACAGGACAGCGAGAAAUGGAUGCCAGACCUCUUCUAGAAUACUUUCAGCCCCUUUACGACUGGCUUGUGGAAGAAAAUAAACGUACUGGGGCCGACAUCGGCUGGUCAAACACACAUACAAUAAAUUCUUGUCACAACGCACUACAGCCGGAACCUACAGUCGAAGUUAAACCAACUGACGAUGAUUGUCAUUACCACUUCAAGGAGGAAAUGAAAGUCACGGUCAUGAAGAAAGAAGAAGAAGAAAAAAAGGAAGAAGUAGAGAGAACAAUGUAGAGAUUAUGUAUCAAGUAAAGCUGUAAAUAGAAAGCUAAGUUAUACUGUGAGAAUCCUAUAUCCAGUAUCCAUGAACAAAAAAAGUAACUAAUGCAAUAGAACAACAUUUUCUUGAUCAAAAUUGUUUCUUCUUCCAUUGAUCUUAUAUGUGUUUCACAGUGUAUAGAAUUAACAAUAAACAGUACAAUGUAACUUA